AAAAAAGAGAGUUCUUUUCCGCUUGUGCUAUAUUUUUUUCCUCUGUUAUUUUUGCAUAAGGGCCCGUUUUUUUUCCAGUCUUCUUUGCACUUCUUUACUUUCCUUGUAAAUAUUCUAUAGACCCUGUUUUUCACUUUCUUCUUUACUCUUCUUUCCGUGCCGUUGCUUGUUUUUUUUUUAUAGAACGUUCCACCCUUUUGUCUUUUUAUCCCAAUAAUAUCUACCACUAAUACUACUGCUUUAACCGACGCAACACCACAACGCACUACAACAAAGAAAAGUCAUGUACUAUUACAAUCACAACGACGACAACAGAAACAGCAACCACGAUAAUAACCACCAUUCACAAAAUGACGAUAAUGACUUCAAUAACACCACCUCUAAUAAUAAUAACAAUGACGAUCCGUAUUUAAGUCAUUCGCUGGACUCCAUGUUUCGCUCACAAAACCAGCAAGAUUGGUCCACCAACAAUAACGACGAUACUUUUGCCUCAUACCUCUCGCUUGGAUUGCAUGCCCAUUCACUCGACUCACCAUUCUUCAAUGACGCGUUUGGGCAAUUUCCCCUUGCGACAACUACGGCAACGGCUGGGGAUUGGGAUGUCCUUGGCGACCAGCAGCAGCAGCAGCAGCAGCCACUGCAAGACAACGAUAAUAACGACAGCAGCAGCCACGACUUCUCAAAGUUUCAACACGGCCCAACAGAUGACCUGCUCAACUUUAAUGAGCAAGCGCAACAGGCUAUUUUAUUAUCAGAUCCAAACUUCGUACGGCAGCAACAGCUUUUGCAGGAGCAGCAGAAACAAAUGGAACUGCGGAUGCAGCAAGAGCAGCAACAAGAGGAUACCACCAUUGCCACUGCUGGCACUGCAAACACUAGUGACUCUACUAUUUCUACUUCGGCACCGGUCCGGUCGAAUCUAUCCGCCAUGUUUGGUCACGCCACUCUACAGCAACAUCAGCAACAGCAAUCACCAACAGAGCAGCAACAGCAAGUAGCAGCUGACACUAAUACUGCCGCCCCUUCCGCCUUUGCUGCCGCUGCUGUCGCUGCUGCGACUGCCGCCACCACCGUUCGUGCCAAAAAGCCCAGUGCUGUUAAAAAGGAUUCGACCAACCGACGAUCAUCUUCUUCAACGGCGUCAUCCAGCAGCAGUAGCAAUAAACGUAAUACAAACCCUGUUCCCAACUCCUCAUCUUCCGCAUCCAGUGAAGUCGACCAUCAACGACGGUUGAACGAGCUGCAAGCCCGGUUCCGCGUGAAUUAUGCACGGAAGCCGAAUCAACGAAAACAACAACAGCAGCAACAGCAACAACAGCAGCAAUCGCAACACCAACAACACCAACAAGCCAUCUUGGGUACGUCGUUCGAACCUUCAUCAUUGCCCAAUUUUUCAUCCAACCAUAACGCACAGGCAGGCCUGGAGCGUAGACGAUCGGCGUCGAUCACAGUGGAUCCGCCGCAACGGCAGCAGCCAACCAUGCGGAUUGGACGUAUGCCACGUGCUCCAGUAGUUUCCACAACAAAUUCAUCUACAGCAACAAAUGCAACUAAUGCAACUCGCGUCACUGCACCGUCAUCUUCAUCGUCAUCCACUGCUGUUUCGUCAACAGCCACCACCAAUGCAUCUACAAACACGACCGCUGCAAUUGUGACAGGAGCAACAGCAAAAACUAAUAACUCGUCAACUGGGGCAACCACCACCGCGCCAUAUCCAUCUCGCACCAUGCCUAUUCAAAUCCAGCGCGUUGCACGAUCCAAUGGGCCGUUGCAGUUGGAUAAGGAGCAACGUCAACGCAAACUAGAUGAACAGCUGGAAAGGGUCGAUUUUGAUGACAUCACCGUAUCCGAACUCAAGGAAAUGCUUCGGCAACGUGGUCGUCCUGCAACGGGCAAAAAAGCUGUACUGGUACAACGGUUGCUGGAUGAACGAGAAUUGAUCAAGGCUAUAAAGAGUGGACGUGCUCCAGCAUCAUUGCUACAGCAGCAGCAACAGCAGCCUCAUCAUCACCAUCACCAGCAAAAUCAACGUCAUUCGCUUCCUGCAGGUGUCGAUAUUCCAUUAUCAUCUUCAGCAACAUCCUCGUCCAUGAUGGGAACAACAGAUACUGGUCAGCAUCUGCAACAGCAUGCAUCAUCCGUGCCAAACGUAUCUGGUUUUCCGCCACCACCACCAGGACCAGGAUCACCUGGCAGCUCAUUGAAUCGGUCCAUUGCAAAUAUGCACAUUGGAUCACCGCCGAUACAAUCACGAAGAUUUGCUCCUUAUUCACCAACGACGCGCACCAUGGGAUCUCCAAAACAACAGCAUCAACAGCAAUUGUAUUCGUCAUCGAUGCCUAUUAAUAAUUAUUUGACGCCCAUGGAUGAAAAGCCUAGAGUAACAACAACAGCAGCAACAACAACUCAAAGAUACCCACGACAUAAAUAUGCACCACGCACGCCAUCCGCUCUUGCUACACCCGAUCACGAUGAAGAGUUGAAUCCGUUUGAUCAGUAUAUCAUGAUGCAUCAACAGCAUCAACAGCAGCAGCAGCAACAGCAACAGCAGCAAUUGCAACAAGAGCAACAACAGGCGCAGCCACAGCCGAUUCAACAGCAUCAGCAUCAGCUGGAUCAACAAGAUAUUUCAAGGGUUAUGGAUAUGGAAUGGGAUCAUUCGAUUCUUGAUACAGAUUUCCCUCAGCAAGACGGAGGUCUAGAUAUCAGCAGACUUACACAAGAGGAGCUAUUACAAUUAUUUACCUCCACGGAUAUGGCAUUAGAUAAUACUUUUUUAUGAUAAUCUCUUCAUUCUUCUGUUCUUUCUUUUAUCAUGCAAGGCAACAUUCUCCUUCCCAGAUAUUAACUCAUUUUUUUCAUCCCUUUUGUAUAAAGCGCCAUUAAUAAUAAUGUUUACAUCACUCGGGAAAUCAAACACAAUGUCACCAUUUAGUUCCUUCGUUUGCUGACGGUGUCCAGUCACCAGUUUAAUCGAUUUUAAAUUGCUUAUCACCGUC